AUGGCCUGGAAUGACCCCGAAGUCUCCUAUCUCGCCGGAAAUGCGUCCCAACUUGUAUCGAGAGCACAAGCACAAGAAUCAAAGGUGGAAAUGUCUUGCAAGAGCUUCAAGAACGAUACGGAGAAAAUACUUCUUCCUGACAACACCUCUUGCGCUGACAACACCUCCUCGGCUGACAACACCUCUUCCGCUGACAACACCUCCUCGGCUGACAACACCUCUUACGCUGGAAACACCUCCACGGCUGACAACACCUCUUACGCUGACAACACCUCCUCGGCUGACACCACCUCUUCCCCUGACAACAUCUCCUCGGCUGACAACACCUCUUACGCUGGAAACACCUCCUCGGCUGACAACACCUCUUCCGCUGACAACACCUCCUCGGCUGACAACACCUCUUCCCCUGACAACACCUCCUCGGCUGACAACACCUCCUCGGCUGACCCCAUUAACACCACCUAUUAG